AUGGCCACGCAUCACAGGCAAAACGCUGCUGGGCGGAGGAAAGUGCAGGUGUCUUAUGUUAUUAGAGACGAGGUGGAGAAGUACAAUAGAAAUGGGGUGAAUGCACUGCAACUGGACCCAGCUCUGAACCGACUGUUCACAGCGGGGCGGGAUUCCAUUAUCCGGAUAUGGAGCGUUUAUCAGCACAAACAAGAUCCAUAUAUAGCGUCGAUGGAGCAUCAUACAGACUGGGUCAAUGACAUAGUUUUGUGUUGCAAUGGGAAGACAUUAAUAUCUGCUUCUUCAGACACUACUGUUAAAGUAUGGAAUGCACACAAAGGUUUUUGUAUGUCUACGUUACGAACACACAAGGACUAUGUAAAAGCCCUGGCAUACGCCAAAGACAAAGAGCUGGUGGCGUCGGCAGGCCUGGACCGUCAGAUCUUUCUCUGGGAUGUGAAUACACUUACAGCACUCACUGCUUCCAACAACACUGUCACCACUUCCUCACUCAGUGGAAACAAAGAUUCCAUCUAUAGUCUGGCAAUGAACCAGAUGGGCACAGUUAUAGUAUCUGGAUCAACUGAAAAGGUACUUAGAGUCUGGGAUCCGCGGACAUGUGCAAAACUAAUGAAACUAAAAGGUCACACGGACAAUGUAAAAUCUUUGUUGCUAAACCGUGAUGGUACUCAGUGCUUGUCCGGUAGUUCAGACGGGACUAUCCGGCUCUGGUCCCUCGGUCAGCAGAGGUGUAUUGCCACGUACCGUGUGCAUGAUGAAGGCGUUUGGGCCUUACAAGUGAAUGAAGCUUUCACACAUGUGUAUUCAGGUGGCAGGGACAAAAAGAUUUACUGCACUGAUCUACGCAACCCAGAUAUCAGGGUAUUCAUCUGUGAAGAAAAAGCUCCAGUCCUCAAAAUGGAAUUGGACAGAUCUGCUGACCCACCACCGGCAAUCUGGGUCUCCACCACCAAGUCAUCCGUUAAUAAAUGGUCUUUAAAGGGAAUGCACAACUUCAGAUCAUCUGGAGAGUAUGACAAUGACUGCAGUACACCACUGACUCCACUUUGUACACAGCCGGAACAAGUCAUUAAGGGAGGAGCAAGUAUUAUCCAGUGCCACAUUUUGAACGACAAGAGACACAUACUCACCAAAGAUACCAACAACAAUGUGGCAUUCUGGGAUGUGUUGAAGGCUUGCAAAGGAGAAGAUUUAGGAAAAGUGGAAUUUGAUGAAGAGAUUAAAAAACGCUUCAAGAUGGUCUAUGUGCCAAACUGGUUCUCUGUAGAUCUGAAAACUGGGAUGUUAACCAUCACCCUGGAUGAAAGUGAUUGUUUUGCUGCCUGGGUAUCAGCAAAAGACGCUGGUUUCUCAAGCUCUGAUGGAUCUGACCCAAAGUUGAAUCUUGGAGGAUUAUUACUUCAGGCCCUGUUGGAGUUCUGGCCCAGGACUCGUAUAAACCCAAUGGACGAGGAGGAGAAUGAGGUUAACCAUGUGAACGGUGAGCAAGAGAACCGAAUCCAGAAAGGGAAUGGAUACUUCCAGGUACCACCACACACGCCUGUUAUUUUUGGGGAAGCUGGAGGCAGGACUCUAUUCAGGUUGCUGUGUAGAGAUUCAGGAGGAGAGACCGAAUCAAUGCUGCUUAAUGAGACAGUCCCUCAGUGGGUUAUAGACAUAACUGUAGAUAAAAAUAUGCCCAAAUUCAACAAAAUCCCAUUCUACCUCCAACCACAUUCGUCUUCUGGUGCAAAAACUCUAAAAAAGGACCGGCUCUCAGCCAGUGACAUGCUUCAGGUGCGGAAGGUGAUGGAGCACGUCUAUGAGAAAAUAAUCAAUUUGGACAACGAGUCCCAGACGACCAGCUCCUCCACCAAUGACAAGCCGGGGGAGCAGGAGAAGGAGGAGGACAUGGCCAUGCUCGCAGAGGAGAAGAUCGAGCUCAUGUGUCAAGACCAGAUUCUGGAUCCCAACAUGGACCUUCGAACAGUAAAACAUUUUAUCUGGAAGAGUGGAGGGGACUUGACGCUACACUAUAGGCAGAAGUCUACGUGA